CGGCAGGUGAGGCGAGCGGGCGCGGAGCCGGCGGGCCCCGCCCGGGGAGGCGCGAGGACAGUGAAUAAACUUAAUUGAGAAUGUCUGAAAACCUUGACAAAUCUCAUGUAGAUGAAGCAGAAAAAUCAAAUGAUUCUGAGCAAGGCCUGGAAGGUGCUCUGGAAUGUUCUGAUGAAGUUUUACAGAAACAAAUAAAUUCAGACUCUGCUAGUCCACAAAGAAUGCAAAGACCUCACUCCAGUCCUCCUCAGUUUGUGGCAGUAGAAGAACUUCUAGAGACAGCAAAAGGCAUCACCAACAUGGUUCUAGCUCAUGAAAUUGUAGUCAAUGGAGACUUUCAGCUUAAACCAGUGGAAUUACCAGAAAACAGCUUGCGGAAGAAAGUAAAAGAGAUUGUACAUAAAGCUUUUUGGGAUUGCUUGAGUGCUCAGCUAAGUGAAGACCCCCCAACGUAUGACCAUGCUAUCAAACUUGUAGGAGAAAUCAAAGAGAUUCUCUUAUCUUUCUUGCUGCCUGGUCACACUCGAUUGAGAAACCAGAUAACGGAAGUCUUGGAUCUGGAUCUGAUAAAGCAAGAAGCAGAAAAUGGAGCCCUAGACAUUUCCAAGCUGGCAGAAUUUAUUAUUGACAUGAUGGGGACACUGUGUGCACCUGCUCGAGAUGAGGAAGUUAACAAACUAAAGGACAUUAAGGAACUAGUGCCCCUGUUCAGGGCGAUUUUUUCUGUGUUGGACCUAAUGAAAAUGGACAUGGCCAAUUUUGCUAUCACUAGCAUCCGGCCCCACCUCAUGCAGCAGUCGGUUGAAUACGAGAGGAAGAAGUUCCAGGAGUUUUUGGAGAAACAGCCAAACUCCCUAGACUUUGUUACCCAGUGGCUAGAAGAAGCCUCGGGUGAUCUCAUGACUCAGAAGUACAAACAUGCCCUGCCGGCUGCAGGAGAGGCUGCUGGCUCUGGAGAUGCUCCCGCGCUGACUCCCGUGGUUGUCCAGAAUUAUGCAUACCUGAAGCUUCUGAAAUGGGACCACCUUCGGAGGCCUUUCCCUGAGACUGUUUUGAUGGACCAGCGUCGCUUCCAAGAGCUCCAGCUUCAGCUGGAGCAACUAACCAUCCUGGGAGCUGUGUUGCUGGUCACGUUCAGCACGGUAGCCCCUGUGAUUUCCAGCCAGACUGACUUUGCUGAGAAGCUCAAGAUGAUUGUGAAGAUUCUGCUAGCUGAUAUGCACCUGCCCUCCUUCCAUCUAGAGAACGCUCUCACUUCCACCGGGGAAAAAGUGUGUCUGGAGGUGAGCAGCCGCCUCUCCCAGUGCGGCUUCUCCCCAUUCUCCACGGACAAGGAGACUGUGCUCAAGGGCCAGAUUCUAGCUGUGGCCAGCCCUGAGGACCCCAUUCGCAGGAUCAUGGAGUCCCGAAUCAUCACCUUCCUGGAAACCUACCUUGCCUCUGGUCAGCAGAAGCCAUUGCCCACUGUGCCUGGGGGAUUGAGUCCCAUUCAGAGAGAGCUGGAGGAAGUUGCUGUGAGGUUCGUUCGCCUGGUCAACUAUAACAAGAUGGUCUUCUGCCCCUACUAUGAUGCAAUCCUCAAUAACACUCAGCUUUUAGCAGCUGACUGCCUCUGUCUCCAUUCCUACCCCUUGGCGAGUGUAGCACCAUGUUUUCCCAAGAAGGUGGGACCUCUCUCUUCUGAGCAGUUCUUUCAAAUUCCCCAUGCCGAGAGCUACCAAGAGUCCAAGGGACUAAGCCAUGACUUUACCUCUUGUCCCUCCCUGGAACAGCCUUCUAGUCCUUCCCCUCCAAGUAUUUCAUGUCAGAAGGGCUACCUGUAGUCUUACUGUCCCUCCUCUCCUAUCUUCUGCUUCCUCUGUGCCUGGAGUCCUUUUGUUCUAUGGAAGACUGACUUGAGUUUUGAGGCUAUUCUGUUGGGCUGGGGAUGUAGUGCAGUGGUUUAGCACUUGCCUACUGUGAACAAAGCCCUGAGUUUGAUUCCUCAGCCACACAAACUGGGUGUGGUGGUGCACACCUGUGAUCCUAGCACUUCGGAGGCUGCAGCAGGAGGAUAGUGAGUGAAGACCAGUCUAGGGUGUGGUGAAACCUCAAUUCACACAUAAAACAACAGCAGUAAUAAAGAAUGGGAUCUUAAAAAAAUUGUUUCAUCUUUAAACCAUGAAAGUUACAGAGAAAAGUUUAUGUAUAUAACUAAGUAUAUAAUAGGAAAGAAGAGAAAUGUAUGUUUCUUCUUUUGAAAAAUUCCUUCUGAUAUGAUAGAUAUAUUAAAUCAGAAUUCUGGAGUUAGCUUUAAGUGGUUUUGGGCAAUAUAGUUCAACUUUGCCGGUUUAGAUAGGGAAGUUUUAGAAAAAUCCCUGCUAGUAAUUAUCAAGGAACUUGGGUGACCAGAAUUCCAGGCAUGCCCUGUGCAGGUGGCCUGUUCUGGUAAAAACAACGUGCUUGUGUGCACGUAUACAGAUUUCAGACAGGGGUGUUACGUUAGAGGCAGAGGCCUGGAGCUGGUGGAGUACAAGAGGCAAAACAAUGCAAGGAAUCCCUUUAUCAAGGUAGGGGUGAGGCAAUAGGACCAUUCACCCUUACACUGUUCACUGUUCACUGUUCACUUGUGGCAUCCAGACACCGGGUGUGGUGGUGCACACCUGCACUGCCGGCAUGCAGAUCAAGACUGGAGGAUCAGUUCCAGGCCAGCCUGGUCUAGAGGGCAAGUUUCAGAUCAACUGAACGUGAGAGCAUAAGUCUACAAUCCCAGCACUUGGAGGUCAAGGCAGCAAAAACAUGCUAUAAGUUCUGCUCUAAUAUUGCUUUUUCAUUGCAAUAAAAAAUACAUGCUGCAGGGCUGGGAAGGUAGCUCAGUGGUAGAGCACUUGCCUUGCAUGCCUGAGGCCCUGGG